CCAAAACCGUUAUGACAUAGAGUCAUGUUGAGGCUGAGGGCCGUCUGAUGUUGAGGCCGAGGGCCAUUGUGAUGUCCUCACGCUGAGGCCGAGGGCCGUUGUUGAUGUUGAGGCCGAGGGCCGUUCUGAUGCUUAGGUCGAGGGACGUUGUUGAUGUUGAGGUCGAGGGACGUUGUUGAUGUUGAGGCCGAGGGCCGUCUGAUGUUGAGGUCGAGGGCCAUUGUGAUGUAGAAUCGAAUUGAGGCCGAGGGCCUUUCCUCGAUAGUUCCAGGAGUCCUCUGGGUGUAUGUUCUUUCUUUCAGGCAUCGACCGAGGGGUUGAUUCCCCGCCUCGGCCGAAAGGAGGUCCAAGUGAUCCGUCCGGGGGUUCGUCUGUUAGUCCCCCGGCGCUGGGCCAUCCCUUGAUUGUGCCAGGAGGUCGUAUGUUAGUCCUCCUGAUGUGUGUUCCUUCUUCUAGGCUUCGGCCGAGGAGGUUGCUUCCCCGCCUCGGCCGGAAGGGGGUCCAAGUGAUCCGUCCGGGGGUUCGUCUGUUAGUCCCCCGGCGCUGAACCGUCCCUUGACCUUGGGGGGUCCCGUCGUCUAUUUACGGCGCGGGCUAGGCUUGGUCGGUUUCCGACGACUGCCGUUUCACCCCCAAGUUUGGGGAUUUCGUCACCUCAGCCAUUCUUUCAGGUCUGUCGCCGUGCGUUGCGCGCCGGCGACGCGGCGAGCGUCCCGCUCCAAAAACGCGGGCCUUUUGCAGGCCCCUCGUCUUUAUAAACCAUCGGCCAUACCUGGGCAUUUGGCCUCGAAGGGGCCGAUAAGAUGUCUGGAUUGUGUUGUAGUUUACUUAAAUUCAUAGAAAUAAGCGGAAUACAAGGGGUGCGUUGUUUGACAACGGCUUUGUUAAGAUUCACCGCUCAAGGCCGAGGGCUCUAGGCCGAGGGGAUGGUAAUGGGCCCAAGGCUGAGACUAACGCCGAAGGUGAGGAACAUGAUUAGCGGAGGUGGCGCUUCUUCGGCUGGGGCUCCUCGAACUCCUCUCCGUCACUGAGCCUCCCGAUUUCAUGUUUCUUUGUUGCGAUGUCCCCUUCUUCUUUAUCGGUGUUCUCCCCGGUGUUUUUCCUUGGGGCAUUUUUGAUGAAUUGGUGGAGCUCACCCCGUUGAAUUAAGAGUUCAAUAGCCUUCUUUAACGAGACACAAUCGUCUGUAUUGUGGGAGGUGCUUUUGUGGUAACGGCAAUAAGUGCCGCCUUGGUGGAUGGCGUAGAUCUCCCUCGCCGACCGAGGGUCCUUGGGGAAAAGGUCCUGCUCUUCCGCAUAGUUGAGGAUAGUGCUCACCGGGUGCGUGAGGGGAGUCCUCGGCAUGUCCAGCCGAGGGCGCCAUUGGCGUUCGUUACGGCCCUGCUGGGUGUGGCUUCCAUGGUCUCGGCCUCCGGCCGAGGGCACAUUUGGGGCCGGCGUGUUGUUUAUCUUCUUCGAGGGCUGGCCCUCGUUCUUCUUGAAGGAGUGGAGGUCGUCGGCGUCAGCGUAUAGGCUCCCCCGCUGGAGUGCUCUGAGGUAUGAUCUUGGGGGGUCGGUGAUGAGGCUCCGUGCGUAGGGGCUGCUGUGGAGAACCCCCUGGAAGAGGACGAGGAGGGUACGCUCAUCGGCGCCCUCGACCUCGUCUGUCUCCUUCAUCCACCGGUCAAUGAAGGACCGAAGUGUUUCGUCAGGCUGUUGCUUGACGGAGAGGAGCUGGGAGAAGUGCUUUCUCGCGCGCUUCCUUCCGGCAAAAUGGGUGAGGAAGCGUUGGGCAAGAUCUUGCCAAGAGUCAAUGCUUCCCUCGGGCAAUCGAUUGAACCAUUCGUAUGCUGGUCCCUCCAAGGUGGAAAGGAACCAACGACAUAAGUAUUCAUCUGAUGCCCCCAUCAUCAUCAUGCUGUUUUGAUACAUGUUGUAGUGCUCCUGGGGGUCAGUUUUUCCUUCAUAGGGCUUGAUGAGUUGCCCUCGGUACUUUUCCGGGAUUUGGGCCGCCAAUACCCUUGGGGUGAAUGGCGUCCGGGUCCGGAGCUGGAUGAUGGGUUCCCCGGAGCCCUCGGCUACCUUCUUCUGUAAUUCCUCCAUUUUGGCCAUCAUGGCCUCGUAUUUGAGGUCUGAAUGAGGGGUGGAGGUGGUGGCGUGAGCUUUGUCGGCCUCCAUUUCAUCAAGUCGGUGUUGGAGGGCCGCAAUAAUUUCGUCCCGGGGGUCCUUCGGGAGGGUCUCCGCCCCCUGCGAAUGAACCCGGGCCGAGUGGGCCUGGUUGAUCUGGUGGCGAGCAUCGUCGGCAUGAAGGGGUGCCUUGCCUUUGUCCCGAGGGGGACGCUCCUCGUCUGCCCUCGAGACAGACCCCCCGCUUUCUUGGGGCCCUCGGCGGUCUUGCCCCCCUCCGAGCCGGUUGAGGGCGGAAGUGCGGGGCCUUUCUCUGUUGUAAUUGUGGCGGUCCCGGGACUGAACUUCCUGGGAGGCCGUGUCUUGGGCCACUACCCCUUCGUCAUUCCUAACCCGAGGGAUGGGGUUUCCGAAGGGGUGUGGCAGAGGGGGAAGUAUGAUGUUCUCCCCAACCUGGGGUUGAGCCGGAGCCAGGGUGCCGAAGGCACCCGGGUUCUGAGUUAGCGUCUGGAUGAAGGCGGAGAGUGCCGAAUGAAUGUCGAUGGUGAGGACCGGAGGGUUGACUUGGUCAUCGCUCCGGUUUUUCUUCUUGGCCUCGAUGCCGAGGCGGGCAUCGGGGGCAUUCUGCUGGAUCUGAAGGCGUAGGUCGACGGCCGCCUGUUCCAGCCCAGCGAUGACACCGCCCUCGAGAGCCUUGUGAGAGGCUUCGAGGGCGUUGACGUCGCCGAGGGCCAGGUUCUUGUCUUCUACGUUUUUGGAGUUGGCACGUGUUGUUCUCACCAUUUUGGUAGAGGGCUAGUGUUUGGCGAAGGGGGAGGGUUUCUUACUUGAUCGUUCGACCUCUCAACGAGAGCACCAAAUGAUGGAUAGUGUACCUGGGGGUAGCUUAUCCGAGGAGUUAUUGCGGAGAAUAACUAGAGAGAAGUCAGAGCAAAUAAGUAAGAGACAGAGUGUAUAUUCGAUAUGUAUUAAGCGUGGUUUACAAUAAGGGAAAGGGGUGCUAUUUAUAGUAGUAAUAAAUGCUAGAUAAGGACACGUGUCAGUUUUCUGGUGGUCGAGGGGUCACCUCGACCGGGGUGGCACUGGCACUCGCAUGUGGCCGCAUUAAAUGCGGUGGUUGGAUGUGACGUUUGUACUUGGUACGGUGAUCCAGGCGCAUGUGAAGAGGAUAUUCUGUCAAGGUGGAUGCCUUCGGCUGAAGGGUGCUGGGCCGAAGGCUCUUCUAACUGAGGGCUCCUACCUGCCGAGGGCUGCAGGUGCCGAAGGCUUGGUUUUCAAGCCUUGUUCUCCUGUGAUGCCUCUUCUAACCGAGGGCUCCUACCUGCCGAGGGCUGCAGUUGCCGAAGGCUUGGUUUUCAAGCAUUGUUCUCCUGUGAUGCCUCUUCUAACUGAGGGCUCCUACCUGCCGAGGGCUGCAGUUGCCGAAGGCUUGGUUUUCAAGCCUUGUUCUCCUGUGAUGUUUCUGAGCUCGAUUCCG